AGCUUUAUAAGAAGAAUAACUUUUCUAUUAUUUUAGAUUGUACAAAUAGGCUGGCUGGGUGAGAUUCACAGAAACAUCUUCUGUUCUUGGGGAGGACAAGUCCCUCCUUUUAUACCAGCACAGAGACUUCCUUGGCUCCCAAGCUGUUGUCCUUCCAUGAUGUGGCUCUAUGGUCUGUUUUUGGCAUCUCUUGCUACUUGUAUGUGUCGGGCAGCUCACCCAUCCUCACCACCUGUGGUGGACACUGUGUAUGGCAAAGUCCUGGGGAAGUAUGAGAGCCUGGAAGGAUUUGCACAGCCAGUGGCCAUUUUCCUGGGAGUCCCUUUUGCCAAACCCCCUCUUGGAUCCCUGAGAUUUGCUCCUCCACAGCCACCAGAGCCAUGGAGCUUCGUGAAGAACACCACCUCCAGUCCUCCUAUGUGCUCCCAAGAUCCAGCAGUAGGGCAGAUGGAGUCAGACUUCGCGAAAAUCAAAGAACACACUCUCAUAUAUUCUGAAGACUGUCUGUACCUAAAUAUUUAUACUCCUGCUGACUUGACUAGGAAAACUAGGCUGCCGGUGCUGGUGUGGAUCCAUGGAGGUGGUCUGAUCGGGGGUGGAGCAUCAAUCUACAAUGGGCUGACCCUCUCUGCCCAUGAAAAUAUGGUGGUGGUUAACAUUCAGUACCGUCUAGGAAUCUGGGGAUUCUUCAGCACAGGGGAUGAACACAGCAGGGGGAACUGGGGUCACUUGGACCAGGUGGCCGCAUUGCACUGGGUCCAGGACAACAUUGCCAAUUUUGGAGGGAGCCCAGAUUCUGUGACAAUCUUUGGAGAGUCAGCAGGAGGCGAAUGUGUCUCUGUACUUCUAUUGUCUCCCCUGGCCAAGAACCUCUUCCACAGGGCCAUUUCUCAGAGUGGUGUGGUCCUCACUACUGGUCUCUUCAGCAAAAACAUCAAGCCUGUGGCUAAGAAAAUUGCUGUUGCUGCUGGCUGUAAAACCACUUCCUCAGCUGUCAUGGUUCACUGCCUGCGCCAGAAGACAGAGGAGGAGCUCCUGGAGACCACACAGAAAAUGAGAUUUUUGAAGGUGGAUUUAUUUGGAGACCCUAGUGAGAACUAUUUUCUCCUGCCCACUGUUAUUGAUGGAGUGCUGCUGCCCAAGGCGCCUGAAGAAAUUCUGGCUGAAAAGAACUUCAACACUGUCCCCUACAUGGUAGGAUUCAACAAACAAGAGUUUGGCUGGAUCAUUCCAAUGAUGCUGGAGCCCCCACCUACAUGUAUGAGUUCCAGUAUCGCCCAAGCUUCUCAUCACCCUUGAAACCCAAGACGGUGGUAGGAGACCAUGGAGAUGAGAUCUACUCAGUAUUUGGGUUUCCAUUUUUAAUAGAGGGUGCCUCAGAAGAGGAGAAAAACAUCAGCAGGAUGAUGAUGAAAUUCUGGGCCAACUUUGCUCGGACUGGGAAUCCCAAUGGGGAGGGACUGCCCUACUGGCCAGAGUACGACCAGAAGGAAGGAUACCUGCAGAUUGGUGCCAAAACCCAACAUGCCCAGAAACUGAAAGACAAAGAAGUGGCUAUGUGGGCCGAGAUUCUAGCCAAGGAGGCAGUGGCACAUCCACCCCAGAAAAAGCACAUAGAGCUUUGAGUGAGAGUCCCAGGCAGUCUUGGGAGCCUGAAACAGUUAACACAGGUGUAUUUUACAGCAGAUGCUUGUAGGCCAAGCCUGCAUAUGUUUGUUGAGGAUGAAGAAUUGUUUGUUGGGGGUGGGCAGAGUCCAGGAAUAGGGAAUGUUUGUACUGUGGCCUGAAUUUGGAGAUAAAUGUUGUUUUUGACACAAAA